UGGCUAGUUGGGUCAGUUGUUCCGUGCCUGCCGUCGGACGACAACAAUGACCACUCGACGCCGCCAACGUGACAGCAUUUAUCGAUUUUCGGCACCCUUACUGAAGCGCUAGGUGGAGUCAAGGAAAAGUUCCAGCUUGGCAGACCCAUUGGGUCGGACCUACGGCCUUCACAUGAGCAUGCUGGGCUUUGUCUACCUGGUUCUUAUCCUGGGCUGGAUUCUAAUCGUGCUGUUUCUUAAGUGCAAAAAGUCCUUGGCGGCUCCCUUUCGCUUUGGCGAAAACUACACCGACGCCAUCGCCGAUACGGAUCGCCGUCCCUCCGUGCAUGUAAUCCAGCUGCAACACGAUGAUGUGGAGCGCGAAGAUCAUUAUAUGAACAACUUUCACCAAAACACAGAGAAUCUGCAGCGAUACUCGCAUCGUUCGCAACGCUCCACUUUGGAGGAGCGGACAAUCGAGAGAACCUAUCCAACGGAUGCGGUGAUAAAUCCUGCUUAUAUGCACGAUGAGGAUUACGUGAUCAACGCCCCUCCACCAUCCUACGAAGAGGUGAUGCGCCAGCCGCAGGUAUAUCCUCAGGUGCGCCACAACAACCACAAGAUCAGCGAUGCCGACAUCUAGCCUUAAUAUU